UGUCUUAGACUAACUGCAGGCUAUGUUUCCAAUAAGUUGUUUCUGAUAUUAUAUUUAAAACUAGUUUCAAGUGAUAAAAUUGAAGUAUCAGCGAAAUAUAAAUUUUCAGUUGUAAAUGAUAAAGGUGAAGAAAAAUUUAUAACUGAAUUGAAAAAAGAUAAUUAUCCACAGGUUUUUAGAAAAGAAUCAUCAGUACGUAACGAUUGGUUCGAAUUGAAAGAAAUUUUUAUUCAGAAGAAUGGAUUACUUUGUGAUGAUAAACUCAAAAUAUUUUGUCAAAUAAGUGUAAUAGAAAUAGUUAAAGGUGAUGUUAUAGAAAGUAUCAUUCAAGUGCCAGAAUGUCGAUUGAUUGAUGAUUAUGAAAUUCUAUUUGAAACAAAAAAAUUUUACGAUGUCAUUUUAUCCGUUGCUGAUGGCAAGGAAUUUCAAGUACAUAAAACCAUUCUGGCAGCUCGGAGUCCUGUAUUCGCUGCAAUGUUUGAACAUGAAAUGGAAGAACGCAAGCUUAAUCGUGUAAAUAUAACCGAUAUUGAUUAUGAAAUAUUACAUGAACUAUUGAAAUUUAUAUAUACGGGAAAGGUAGAUAAUUUACAAACCAUGGCUGGUGAACUUUUUGCGGCAGCUGAUAAAUAUGCACAAGAAAGAUUAAAAAAAUUAUGCGAGAAAGAAUUAGCUGCAAAUUUAUCAACUGAGAAUGUAAUGGAAAUUUUAGUAUUAGCGGAUCUUCAUGGAGCUAAUCAAUUAAAAGCUCAGGCUAUUGAUUUUAUUAAAAACAAUCCAAAUGUAAUGACUACUAUGGAAUGGAAAAAAGUGAAAGAAACACAUUCGCAUUUAAUUAUCGAUGUAUGCGAACAAAUUUUAUGUUCAAAAAUGUCUCUGAUUGGAUUACCAACUAGAUAAGAACAAAAUUAAGAAAAGGUAGCCUUUUAACAUAAUAUACAGAACUAAAGU